UUAACAUCUGGAAACAUCCAUGACCCAUCCCGCCGCUUGAUUCUUAGACCGACGCUAUUAAUCCCCUCGGUCCUUAUUACGUCUCUCCCGUGUGCAGACUGACAGACGGCUCUCUCAAAGCUUCCAUCUUCGUCUGAACCUCCAACUUUCAACCAACCACACGGAACACGCAAGCAUAUCUGCCCUGCCCAGCAAAACGCAGUACAUCCCGCAGCAAGAAGCCAGAGUUUGUGCGCACCUUCUCCAAUUUCGGACCGCCCCUCAUUCUGCACCGACAGCAGACCGUUUUCCUUCACAUCCUCCUCUUCGCCCCCCUUCGCAACGUAAACCUCGCUUCCGACAUCACACUUCUCCGCCCCCCGCCUUCCGCCUUCCACCAACCUACCUCCAGCUUACUUUACCCCACCAUGAGCAACAAACAGCCAAACCUCUUCGCCUACCCGUCGGUUGACGAACUCGCGCCCGCCCUGCGAUCCUACGUCAUCCAAGCACAAAAUGCAGGUCUGAAUCGUCACGGUGCCUUCAAGGUCGCCGUCUCUGGCGGCUCGCUGCCCAAGACUUUGGCCCAGGCACUGCUCACACCCUCCACCGGCCCCGAAGACCAGGUUCACUUUGGAAAGUGGGAAAUCUUCUUCGCCGACGAGCGCGCUGUUCCCCUCGACCACGAGGACUCCAACUAUGCUCUCCUCAAGAGCCAGCUGCUCGACAAGAUCCCCGAGGACCUCGGUGCCCCGACCGUCCACCCCAUCGACACCACCUACCUGAACGACACUCAGGAGCUGGCCGAUCAGUACGAAAAGACUCUCGUCACCAGCUUUGCCAGCCGCGACAGCGUGCGUCUCCCCAUCUUCGACUUGCUGCUCCUCGGCUCCGGUCCCGACGGGCACACCUGCAGUCUGUUCCCCGGUCACGAACUGCUGCGCGAGACGACUGCCUGGGUUGCUCCCAUCGAGGACUCCCCCAAGCCCCCGCCCAAGCGCAUCACUCUCACUCUUCCCGUCGUGAACCACGGCGUCAAGAUUGCCUUUGUCGCCACUGGUGGCGGCAAGAAGGAGAUCAUGAAGAGGAUCUUUGAGCACGGCGAUGGACUCCCCUGCGCCCUUGUCAACGAGGGCGCCGGCGACCGCGUCAGCUGGUUCGUCGAUAACGCCGCCGUUGAGGGCGUCAGCUUCCCCCGCCGUUCGUUCUUGUAAACACCAAAGAACCACGGUGAGGAGAGACGGUGGAUAGAUCUGAUGAUGUGGAGGACGAUUGCGAAAUAAAAAAGAACAAACAUUGCUCGUUCCAGAUAGACAGAGACUCAACGAACGGCACAUCUCUCAAAGGGAUGGAAAUUACGAAGGAAAAAAAAAAAAGGACUGUACCGACAAUCGCUGGCUUGAUCGCGAGCUUCAGAGACCUGGUGUCCAUGCCCAGUCUACCUCGUCUUGGGUUGCCCCUGGAACUCUUUCCCACCAUCCCUUUUUCAGGAUUUGCUAUCUGUUCGCUGGGCCUCGAACUUUUGAUAUCCACUCACGUCAGACUUUAUGAUUUCACGAUACAAAGGAACGAGACGAGAGACUUUGGGAGGGAAACUUUGCCAGACGGAUCGGCGGCUACAGUUUUUCAAUCGCCGUGACGCACAAAUGUCGGUAGAUAGCUCGACGGGUCUCCUCUCCCACGAAGGAGAAGGGGCCAAGCGAAUGCAAAAAUGACAUAUAUCCCCA